UGAUACUAGUGAAUGCAUAGUUCAUUUGUUUGUCCCUCAGGCCCUUGAAGGAAAACCAGACCAAAAAGACAAAUCAUCUGCUGUCUCGCCUGGAAAACCAUCCAUCCUGGCCAAACCCAUGAGAUACCGCUAUGGGUCCUUUCUGAAGAAGGAUAAGGCCAGCCUGGAGCGGCUUGCCUCUGCCAAAGUGGUGGAUCCCAACGGUCCUCGUCACUCCAAGAACUUCAUCUUCAAGAGAGUCUCUCCAGACAAACCCAAGCCAACAACAAAACGACCACAGGUGAACAGGUCCAUGAGCCAGGUGGUGACACCCAGCGCUAAACGACCAGACUGGACCGCAGCCAGAGUGAGGACAGCAACAGCAUCUUCACCAUGCUGUACUGAGCAGCACCCCGCCUAUGCUGUCAAGGACAGCAAUCCAUCACGGAAGGCUGGAUAGCACCCCCACUGUGCUGUAAACAGCCUCCUGUACCAAACUGUCUGCAAGAGCACUGUCUGUACUUGGAGACGCUUCUCAUUCAUGGUUCGUUAGUUGUAAUGAGGAGUCCUUUUAAUAAUGAACUUGGAAGAUAUUAUUCGACAAUCUGAAUGAUUGUCACAGAGAGCAAACAAUGCGGGAUGAUCAGCUUCAUAAGAUGUAAAAUUAACCAUUGGGAACGCUCAUAACUUGCACAGCUAGCAGAAUUGCUGGGGAUGAUUUGGCACUGUAUCUUUUUAAGAAUUGUUUUUCACAAGGAUUAGAAAAUCAAUAAAACCUCAACAUGAUUUUCUCCUUACAUCAUACAGUAACAUGUAUUUAAGAUAAUGCUAUUGCCAGUAUUGGCACCAUAGAUGUACAGGGUUUAUUUCCUUCAAGCCUGGAAUUUGGUGUUGGAGAACCAUAAAUUUAGGUUGCGUUCAUGGGUGAUUUGAUUUUAACUUAUGAGGUAUUUUGAAGUAAAAUUUGCACAAAUAAGAAAAUCCAUACUCCAUUAUUCCAAUGAAAUGCCCACUCGACAUCCUACAAAUUCAUUGGAAUGUCCUGGUAACUAGAUCUAAUAUAAGCUUUGAUUCAGCUGCCAUAUAUGUAUACAACAUUGCCAAGUGCCAAUGAUUUAUAGUUUAGUCUUGAAGAGAAUUGUGUUCUGUUAUUGUUCAUACAAUCAAGAACAUCAUUAUCAUGUAACUAUUGUAUGUUUUUAGGUGGAAACCGGAGUGUGAAAAAGGUGAAUGACAACAUGAAUGAUAACAAAAAGCUAGGGAAAAUUAAAACCUUUGUAUUAUGUUGUACUUUACACAAAUCUAUAUAAGUACAAUUAUUCCCAAUAAAGACAAACAGCAUUACAAGCUA